CGCUGGGCCCAGGCCCCGAGCACGAUCAAAUGGCCGUAAAUAAUUACUCGCGCGGUUGUAUUGUGUAUGAUAUGGAUGAUCUCUUUGCAUUCAUUGAAAUGAAGGAAUUGAAUUGCUAUAUAUAUUUUUACAUUCAAUGGGUGCAAUUAUUUUAUCUAUGUUAAUGUAUAUGUUAUGAUAUUAUUAUUUGUGUAAUGCAAGGUUGCGUUGGAUUAAGCUUGAAGCUCCACAUCCUGAACAUCAUCCCAGCCCCCAGCCAGCCUCUUCAGAAGCUCUCUCCUCAUUCAUUCUCGUCACUCUCCUCUCCUCUCCUCUUCUUCUUUUUCUUCUUAUUUUCCCCUCACCUUCCCCCCUUCUCACCAACACAAUCCCGCCGUCACAAUGAGAUUCGGCCACCAGCUCCGCACCUCCCUCAUAAAAGAAUACUACUGGCACUACAUAGCCUACGAUGAUCUUAAAGCCGCCCUGAAAACCCCCUACGAAUCCACCCCCGCUACCACCCCCGGCGCCUCCACUGAUGCUCAAGAAAACGCACCCGCAAAGCCCAAACGCAAGCCAUGGACAGAGGAGGACGAGAGGCGCUUCGUCGCCCUCCUGGAGAGCGAGCUGGAUAAAGUCUUUACGUUCCAGAAGUUGAAGAGCGAUGAGAUUGUCGCGCGGAUUGUGCAGAGUGAGAAAGAGGUUAAUGACGUCGUAGCUAUGUUGAGGGCUUCUGUUGGUGGUGGUGGUGGUGGCGGCGGUGGCAGCGGUGGUAGUAGUACUGUCACUGCUGUGUCUGGAGCAAGGAGAGAGUCGCAGAUUGGGGGCAGUGGGGCUGAUGCUGCUGCUGCUGGUAAUGGUGCUAUUGGUGGUGCUGCUGCUGGUGGAAUAGCUCCCACCGAUGAGGAUUUCUUGCUACUAGAGGAGGAUCUAAGUGAUAUUAUUGCCGACGUGCAUGAUUUGGCGAAGUAUGUGCAGCUAAAUUAUACGGGGUUUCAGAAGAUUAUUAAGAAGCAUGAUAAACAAACGCAAUGGCACCUGAAACCUGUGUUCGCAGCCCGGUUAAAAGCGAAACCGUUUUUCAGAGACAAUUACGAUGCAUUUGUGGUUAAAUUAUCCAAGUUGUAUGAUUUGGUUAGGAACAAGGGCGCUCCCGUCACUGGGGAUAGUGCCGCGGGUGGAUCGCAGCAGAAUUUCAUCCGGGAGACAACUAAGUAUUGGGUGCAUCCAGAUAAUAUUACAGAAUUGAAACUCAUUAUUCUGAAGCAUCUUCCCGUUUUGGUAUUCAAUCCUAGGAAAGAAUUCGAUGAACGAGAUUCAGCUAUCUCGUCUGUCUACUACGAUAAUCCCAAUACCUGGGAGCUGUAUACGGGGCGGCUGAAAAAGACUGAAGGAGCAGAGGCGAUCCGACUACGAUGGUAUGGCGGGAUGGAAACUGAUCAAAUUUUUGUAGAGAGGAAAACACACCGAGAGGAUUGGACCGGGGAGAAGUCGGUCAAAGCGCGGUUUCCGAUUAAGGAGAAAUAUGUAAAUGCGUUCUUGUCUGGGGAAAUGACUGUCGAAAGUGUCUUUGAGAAAGCCAGGAAAGAUGGGAAGAAGAGUGAGCAACAGAUUGCUGAUUGGGAACAGCUCGCGCGGGAGGUACAGUAUCGUGUAAUUACGCGGAAACUCGAACCGGUUACGAGAUCAUUUUAUCAUCGGACUGCGUUCCAGCUUCCUGGAGAUGCGAGAGUGCGGAUAUCAUUGGAUACUGAACUGACCCUGAUCCGAGAGGACAAUAUGGAUGGCCGCAUUAGGUCUGGUAAUAAUUGGCGGCGAAUGGAUAUUGGGAUCGACUAUCCCUUUCGACAACUACCCGCGCAAGAUGUCGAGAGGUUUCCCUACGCUAUUUUGGAAGUGAAGCUGCAGACGCAAGCUGGUCAGGACCCUCCGCAUUGGAUCCGGGAGUUAAUCUCCAGUCAUCUAGUGGAAGCGGUCCCCAAAUUCAGCAAGUUUAUCCAUGGAACUGCAAAUCUAUUCCCUGACCAUAUUAACCUACUCCCAUUUUGGAUGCCGCAAAUGGACGUUGAUAUUCGAAAGCCCGUCACCCGCGGCUUCGGCAUCGAACGACCUGUCCAGGCUAGUCCAUCGACAAGUGAAACGGUGAUUGACGAUGACUAUGACGAUGAGUCCGACGAAGAAGGCGACGGCGACAAUGAACCCGAAUCGCGCAACGGAGUCCAUCCCCACCAAAAUGACCGCCCACCAACAUCCCUGAGCGAAGCCAACGGCAUCCAUUUCCAAUCCCCGCAACCCCACCACCAAGGCGAGGGCGAAGACGACCCUUCCCGGGACCCAAACAUCCCCGAUGCCACAGGAAACGCUCUCGACAUUGAAGAGCGUAUCGCAGCCCAGCAAAAUGUCAUUGAUAUCGGCGGUGAUGACUACCCACUCUACGACUCCGAAGACGAGUCGAGCGGGCAGGACGAUCUCGAGGAGGCAAGGAAAAUUGGCGGUUGGUAUUAUCGAGUCAAACUGGCGAAACAUUAUCUGCGCGCUGCGGGUAGAUCUGCCCUGAAUGCCGCAAUGUUUAUUGCCCCCGUCCCAAGACCGACAGCAAUGCCGGUCGAUAACGGCGUCAGGGGUGUGGGGAGGUUCAUGCCGCCUGGUGAAAUGCAGAUUAAGCGGUUCAAGGCGCCAAAGGGGAAACGAAUCCACGUCCCCGUCCGCGUCGAACCAAAAGUCUACUUCGCCGCCGAACGCACCUUCCUCUCCUGGCUCGAAUUCUCCAUCAUCCUCGGCUCCAUCGCCGCCGCCCUCCUCAAUUUCGGCCGCGACACUGUCACCCUCGCGUCGUCGUGGGCGUUUACCGUUCUCGCCUGCUUGUCGCUCAUGUAUAGCUUGCUGUUGUAUAUGUGGCGGGUUGAUAAGAUUCGAAAGCGGAGGGAUGUGAAGCAUGUUUAUCAUGAGAAGUGGGGUCCGACGGUACUUUGUGUGGGAUUGCUAGUGGCUGUUUGUAUUAAUUUUGGGUUGAGGGUUAGGAGUGGGGGGUUGUGAGGGUGUGACAUGUGUUGCAGAUCUUCUACUUUUGAAAUCGGGUAUAGGGAAAAGCAGAGUGCGAUGGCUACGUGGGAGGACAUAGAAAUAUAUAUAUAUAUAUAUAUAUAUAU